CUCCUCCUCUUCUCCUACAUCAGCCUCAGUGUCAGCAGCAGCAGCUCAGGGAGAGCUCAGACAGAGCUGGGCAUAGGAGAACAUCACCUUCCUAUACUUAACAUUCGCUCUCAGCUGCUGGAGCCAGUUAGUUUCAGUCUUACUAAAGAGGUUCCUAUUACGCUGCCUAAAAGUUGGGGUGGGGGCUCUCCCCUCCCUGAUCCCACUCAUUAUUUCCUCUUAUGGAUGCUACUGUCAAUAUCGGACUCUUGCUAUCAGAGCUGGCGAUGUAAUUGCAACAUACACAUAGCAGCAGCCUUUGCAGCCAGGGAAAGAAGCCAAUGCAGGAAUCUCCCUUAUCACUAUGUUCAUAAGGUGACAUUUAUCUAUACGGAGAACCAGGAGAGGAGGGAGCAUAUAUCCAUCUUGUGUACUGUCACUGUUCCCAAAUAAUGAGCCUGGGCUUAACCUGACCAUGUUUCCAGACAGGAGCUUGUUGUGUGCUUUCCCCUUAUUCUGUAACAAUGCUCAUCUCUCCCAUUUUCAUCUCCAACGAAAACAAAUUCUCCUCUGUUUGGUGUUCUAGACAAUAGAAGCUCUCUUCCCUUCUCCCACCAAAGGCUUUUCUUUCCUGGGGUCAUUUCUGGACUAUUUUUUUACCUUAAAAUAAAGCAGGAGGAAUGAACCGACGGUUGGUUAACAUUUUGACAGCCUUCCUCGCAUUAUUCUUUGAGACCCAUAACUUCAGGACGGCUUACUGUAAAGAACAUGACUCCAGGUCUGGAAAACCCCCUUCUCAGAGCAUGUCUCCUUCUGAUUUUUUGGACAAGUUAAUGGGAAGGACGUCUGGAUAUGAUGCACGAAUUAGACCAAACUUUAAAGGUCCUCCUGUAAAUGUUACCUGCAACAUAUUUAUCAACAGCUUUGGUUCAAUAGCUGAAACCACAAUGGACUACAGAGUGAAUAUUUUUUUGCGGCAGCAAUGGAAUGACCCACGGCUGUCUUACAGUGAAUACCCUGAUGACUCCUUGGAUUUGGAUCCUUCUAUGUUGGAUUCUAUUUGGAAACCAGAUUUAUUUUUUGCUAAUGAAAAGGGGGCAAACUUCCAUGAUGUCACAACAGACAACAAACUACUGAGGAUUUUUAAAAAUGGAAACGUGUUGUACAGUAUUAGAUUAACAUUAAUAUUGUCCUGUCCAAUGGAUUUGAAGAAUUUUCCUAUGGAUGUACAAACGUGUGCAAUGCAGUUGGAAAGUUUUGGAUAUACAAUGAAUGACCUUAUAUUUGAAUGGCUGAGUAAUAGCCCAGUGCAAGUUGCUGAUGGUCUAACAUUGCCACAGUUUAUACUGAAAGAGGAGAAUGAGCUUGGCUACUGUACAAAGCACUACAACACAGGAAAAUUUACAUGCAUUGAGGUUAAAUUUCACCUAGAACGUCAAAUGGGAUAUUACUUGAUACAGAUGUACAUUCCCAGCUUACUCAUUGUCAUUUUGUCUUGGGUGUCAUUCUGGAUUAACAUGGAUGCUGCACCUGCCAGAGUUGCUUUGGGAAUUACAACAGUCUUAACAAUGACAACGCAGAGCUCAGGCUCAAGAGCUUCGCUUCCAAAGGUCUCAUAUGUGAAAGCUAUUGACAUUUGGAUGGCAGUUUGCCUAUUGUUCGUGUUUGCUGCUUUGCUGGAAUAUGCAGCUGUCAAUUUUGUAUCAAGGCAACACAAGGAAUUCCUAAGACUUCGCAGGAGACAGAAAAGACAAAGCAAGGAUGAAGAUCUAGUCCGCGAGAGCCGGUUUAACUUCAGUGGCUAUGGUAUGGGGCAUUGCCUACAAGUAAAGGAUGGAACUGCAGUGAAAGCAGCUCCACCCAGCCUUCCACCUCCUCCACCCAAGGAUGCAGACUCUAUCAAGAAGAAGUUUGUUGAUCGUGCAAAAAGGAUUGACACAAUAUCCCGGGCUGCCUUUCCACUGGCUUUCCUUAUUUUUAACAUCUUUUAUUGGAUUACAUACAAAAUCAUAAGGCACGAAGAUGUACACAAGAAAUGAGCCACUUAUUUAUUUUAGGGAACUAAAUGCCAAAGUGUGCUUGUAAAUAAUUUGUGGAAAAUUCCCUUGACAUCAAGACUGGUUUUAUAUCCACUUAUUGUACUCAUCCACGGCGACAGGAAACAGGAACAAUAAACAUUUAAGGAGGAAAAAAAAAAAAAGAAUAUUAAUCCUAAAAGGCUGAAAUAAUCCUCUCUGGACUAUAACAUUAUCUUCCAUUUACAUUUUUCUCUGAAUCCCUUUACAAUAACUUGUGGGCAUUUUUAAUGACAUGGGACAUUCAGCAUAAAUGUGUUUUAAGGUAUAGCAGCCAGUCAGAUACACAUUAUACUUAUAUAAGUAAAGAUCUACUGACAUGGGUUACAGCACCUUGGGUUGAUUUGACCCAUGUUAUUUCUCAGCCUUUCCGUUUGGGUCCAAUAUAGCCAGCACUGCCAAUAAGAUGUUAAUUACAAUCAACUCACUUAAAUUAAAAUCUUCCAUAUUAUCAUGCCAUUUAGUACCAAAUUGAAGAUGUCACCAUUUUGAUACACACACGGUGACUUCAAAGGUUGAGGUGAGGACCAAAUUUUUUAAAGGAAUUGUUGCCUUUUUACAGUAUCUGAAAGAAAUCUACUGAGCUACAGAACAUUCCAUCACAGUGUUAGUAACUAGUGUGGCACCACGUGGUUCUUUUGUGUUGACAAUGAUUUAUAUGAUUCUUAAUAUAUAUACAUAUAUAAAAAGAUUUAUACUUUGA